CAUCCACAAAAAUUGAAACAGAGUAAGUAAAUUACUGUGAUUGACUGAUUAACUAAUUGCAGCAGCAUAUAUAGAGCAAAGCCAAUAAUAGUAGUUCAGUUGAAAAGUAGAAGAUGCCGGAGGUGCGUGUCCAGCGGAUCCACGUUGAUCUCGUCGCGGCGAAUUCCACGGCGGAUCUGGACCGUCCUCCUCAACGGCGGGAAGAGGACGAAGCUGAUGUACAGAAAGCUGAUCGCGUCCGUGGAGGCGAGCGGCAUUCGGUUCCGGAAUUUCAGCAGGCGCCGAGGAAUUCGACGGCGGUGGUGAUGGAGGACUCGGCGGCGGGGGGGCGGGAUCUGUGGAUCAAAUCGGAGGCGCACGCGCUGGUGGUGGAUGUGUACGUGAAAGGGCACAGAGGGAAUAAGAUGCAGGGUUUUAUGUUCCAAAUCGAGUGCCGGAACGUCAAGCAGUCGGAAAUCGACGCCGGCCGUCUAUCCCGCUGCAAAAAUCAGUUGUAUGGAAGCAACCAUGGGGAAAAUCACGUGUCAAGAAGUCCAGCAUUUGGGUGCUACGUUGGAACUCAAGUUGAUCCGUUAUGUGUUUAGAGCACAUGCUCUUUGACAAGGAUCAACCAUGUCUUAGUUGGUAAGACUUGGAUAUAUGAAUGUUAAAUGUAAUUCAAGAGAA